CUCAUGUUCAAAUCCCUCCCUCGUCCAACCAGGUUCUCAAUCAAGUCCACUUGUGAGAGAUAUAUGUCACUAAGUCGACUACACGCACUUUCUUCUCAGUUAAUUAAACCCACCAUGGCUUCUCAAUCUACAAUGGAAUCCCACGCAAGAGACUGGGAGACUUUCUUCAAGGAAGACAAGUUUGUCAACCAGUACAAAACUGGCGAGCAUAUCACGGGCCAGUUCGCCAAAAGACUCAUCGACCAAAGUGGUCUGGUCGCCAACUCCAAGGCCAACCCUGACACGCCUCUGGUGGUGCUUGACAAUGCCUGCGGCACUGGUAUUGUCUCCAGUAUCCUGCAGCAGGAGCUGGAUGAUCAAGUCAAAAAGAACUUGAAGUUGACCUGUGGAGAUAUCUCGCAAGGCAUGUUGGACUAUGUCAAGCAUCGUAUUGGAGAGGAGAAUUGGCAGAAUGUUGAAGUCAAGGUGGUGGAUGCGCAGGACUCUGGACUUCCUAGCUCGCAUUUUACGCAUGUUAUUGCUUCCUUUGUGUUCAUGGCACUUCCUAACUCGUUAGCUGCUCUUGAUGAUACCACUCGGAUCCUGCAGCCAGGAGGCACCAUUGCUCUCUCAACCUGGAUAGAGCCUGGCUGGUUAUCCGUCACCCAAAAAGCCAUCGAGACAAUCCCAGGGAACCUGCCCUUCCCCACAGCCCACCAAUUCCUCGAAGCCCUAGGUACUGGCAAAUGGCACUCUGUGCCGUGGAUCCAAUCUCAAUUGCAGGAGCGCGGCUUCGAAGAUAUCAGUGUGCGCUCCGUCACCACGAACAUGUCGAUCAAGGUCCCGAACUUUGUGGAAAUGACCAUGCUCAUGUUCGGGAUGGUAUCCAAGGUAUUCUGGACAGAGAAGCAGCGUGAGGAAGACACGGCUAAGGUCCGCCCGGCGCUGGAGAAGUACCUGGUGAGCACUUAUGGAAAGGAGGGAGAUAUUCCCAUGGAGUGGACUGCUAUUCUCUCGACGGCUCUUUAUUUCGAUAUGGGACCGAACAACGAGAGUCUACGGCGAAAACAGAUAACGAAAUAUGAGAAUGCUGGCAAGAUUAUCAAGACCAAUUGA